AUGAUGGGUCCCCAGGAAAGCCCCAUCUUCCCCGGGGUGCCUUUAAGGAGAACCUGCCUCCUCCGCGCCUCCAUCCGCUGCCGGGACCCCUUUCGUCGACACAGCUGGGAGCCGGGCAAGGAGCUGCGGGGGGUCCCCGGCUACGACCACCUCAGGGACCGGAGCCGGUGCCAGCCCCGGUGCCAGCCCCGGUGUCACCGCCGGCAGGAGGAUGCUCGGGCGCUGCCGGGGUUCGGCGCCGGCGGCCGCGGCCUCUCCAAAUCGGUGUCUCUCAGCGUCAUCGACAGCUUCCCCGACCCAGACGAGCUGAUCCAGACGGAGAUCCACCACGUCCGCACGCUGAAGAUCAUGGCCGACAUGUUCCGCAAGGCCAUGCUGGACGACCUGCAGCUGGACCCGGCCACGGUGCAGAAGAUCUUCCCCUGCCUGGACGAGCUGAGCCAGAUCCACCAGCGGUUCCUGGCGCAGCUCCUGGAGCGACGCAGGGAGUCCCUGGCCCAGGACAGCAACAAGAACUUCGUCAUCAACCGCCUGGGGGACAUCCUGGUCAACCAGUUUUCGGGUGCCAGCGCGGAGCAGCUGAAGAAGGCCUACUCGGAGUUCUGCAGCAAGCACACCAAAGCCCUCAAGGAGUACAAGGAGCUGCUCGCCCGCGACAAGCGCUUCCAGCAGUUCAUCCGGAGGAUGACGCGGUCCCCGCUGCUGCGCCGUCACGGGGUGCCCGAGUGCAUCCUGCUGGUGACGCAGAGGAUCACCAAGUACCCGGUGCUCAUCGAGCGCAUCCUGAAGAACUCCAAAGACAACGAGGGGGACUCGGCGGACCUGUCGCGGGCGCUGAAGCUGGUGAAGGAGCUGAUCUCCUCCAUCAACGAGGAGGUGCACACCUACGAGAUGAACGCGCGGCUCUGGGACGUCUACCGGCGCGUGGACGGGAGGGCCAAGGUGCAGCUCCGCUGGGACAACAGCACCGGCGUCUUCGGCAAAGACGAGCUCCUGCGCCGCAAACUGGUCCACAGCGGCUGCAUGCUCUGGAAAACGGGGGCCGGGCGCUUCAAAGAUGUCCUGGUGCUGCUCAUGGCGGACGUCCUCGUCUUCCUGCAAGAGAAGGACCAGAAAUACACCUUCCCCAUGCUGGUGAGCCACCACCACCCCCCUGGGGGUGGCAUCCUGUGUGUGUGUGUGUCCUUCUUGGUCGCAGACAACGAGGGGGACUCGGCGGACCUGUCGCGGGCGCUGAAGCUGGUGAAGGAGCUGAUCUCCUCCAUCAACGAGGAGGUGCACACCUACGAGAUGAACGCGCGGCUCUGGGACGUCUACCGGCGCGUGGACGGGAGGGCCAAGGUGCAGCUCCGCUGGGACAACAGCACCGGCGUCUUCGGCAAAGACGAGCUCCUGCGCCGCAAACUGGUCCACAGCGGCUGCAUGCUCUGGAAAACGGGGGCCGGGCGCUUCAAAGAUGUCCUGGUGCUGCUCAUGGCGGACGUCCUCGUCUUCCUGCAAGAGAAGGACCAGAAAUACACCUUCCCCAUGCUGCCCACCUGGAUCUGUGGCUUGGGGGUGGGGGGGAACAUGUUCAUGCAUGACAUGAGUGCAUCCGGCCUCAGCCCAGAAGAUUUUAAGGUGCAGGGAGGCCAUGAAGGAAGGAGGAAGGCCGUGGUCAUGCGUGACAUGAGUGCGGCCGGCCUCAGCCCGGGAGGUUUUAGGGUGCAGGGAGGCCGCGAAGGGCGGAGGAAGGCUGUGCUCAUGCGUGACAUGAGCGUAUCCGGCCUCAGCCCAGCAGGGUUUGGGGUGCAGGGAGGGCUGAUGGGGGAGGAAAGAUGUGCUCAUGCAUGA